UCCCUCGCGCUUCCAUUUCCACCAGCGCCUGUGAUCAUGGCGGACGUGGUAGCGGAGCAGGUUGCGGAGCAGAAACCAGUCCUGAACGGGGAGGCAGAGGACAGAGAAGAGGCCGACCCCGUAGAGGAGACAGCGAAAAAGAAGAAGAAAAAGAAGAAGAAGAACAAGACCGCAACGACAGGCACUGAGGCAGAGGCUGAUGACAUGGCUGACGUGACCAAACAGCUGGAGAAGCAGGCGUUAGAAGACAAAGAGAAAGAGGAGGAUGGCGAAGAAGAUGGAGAUGAAGGAGAAAACUCUGCAGGGAAAAAGAAGAAGAAGAAAAAGAAGAAGAAAGGACCCAAAUCUCAGACCGAUCCCCCAUCUGUGCCCAUCUGCGAUUUAUAUCCAGAUGGAGUUUUCCCCAUAGGACAGGAGUGUGAAUACCCCACCUUACAGGAUGGUCGCAGCGCAGCAGGGCGCAUGACCAACGAGGAGAAGCGUGUGCUGGAUAAAGCCAACGAGGAGGUGUGGAACGACUUCAGACAGGCAGCCGAGGCCCACAGACAGGUCCGCCAGCACGUUCGCAGCUUCAUGAAACCUGGCAUGACCAUGAUUGAAAUCUGCGAGCGGUUGGAGGACUGUUCUCGUAAGCUGAUAAAGGAGAACAAGCUGAAUGCUGGCCUGGCCUUCCCCACCGGUUGCUCCCUGAACCAUUGUGCUGCCCACUACACUCCCAACGCCGGAGACCCCACCGUCCUGCAGUACGACGACGUCUGCAAGAUCGACUUCGGCACGCACAUCAACGGGCGAAUCAUUGACUGUGCCUUCACUGUCACAUUUAAUCCAAAGUAUGACAAGCUGCUGGAGGCUGUGAGAGACGCCACCAAUACUGGAAUCAAAAAUGCUGGCAUUGAUGUGCGCCUGUGUGAUGUUGGAGAGGCGAUUCAGGAAGUGAUGGAGUCCUACGAGGUUGAGCUCGAUGGCAAAACUUACCAAGUGAAGCCAAUUCGAAACCUGAAUGGUCAUUCAAUCGGUCAGUACAGAAUACAUGCAGGCAAGACUGUUCCCAUCGUUAAAGGAGGAGAAGCUACAAAAAUGGAGGAGGGAGAGGUUUAUGCCAUCGAGACAUUUGGCAGUACAGGUAAAGGUGUGGUCCACGAUGACAUGGAGUGCUCCCACUAUAUGAAAAACUUUGACGUGGGCCACGUCCCCAUCAGACUGCCCAGAGCAAAGCACCUCCUCAACGUUAUCAACGAGAACUUCGGCACGUUGGCGUUCUGCCGCCGCUGGCUCGACCGCCUGGGCGAGAGCAAGUACCUGAUGGCCCUGAAGAACCUGUGUGACUUGGGCAUCGUGGACCCUUACCCUCCUCUCUGCGACACCAAGGGCUGCUACACCGCUCAGUUCGAGCACACCAUCCUGCUCAGGCCCACCUGCAAGGAGGUGGUGAGCCGGGGAGACGACUACUGACACCCCAACCCACCAUUCAACGGCACCACGCCCCUCCACCUCCCAUCACCACACAGCACCGCCUGACCCCGUUAGCAACUCCUCCUUUAGAGAAACAACAGGAAAGAGCGUCUAAAACAGGACGUGGUUGUCUCAGAGCAGCUUUGAGGAAUGCCAAAUGCUACUGUAUUCUACCCACAAUGCACCACUCACAGCUUGCACGGAGAGAAGACUGGCUUUCUGAGUUUUCUGUCAUCGACUACAGCUAAAGAAAUUAAAAUCAAAGCAAUCUGUUUCCGUCAGAGGAAGCUUUGAGUUUUCCCUGUCCUGCAGACCUCAUUUUUUCCUCAACAUUAAAAGGUUAACUGUCAAACAGUUAAACAUUUAUUUAAGCUGCAGCUGAAUCUAGUGCACACUCAGUUUUCAAAGAGAUGGUGGGCGUGGGGGAAACCCUCUUAUACCUCCCUGUCAUUUUCAAAGUUUCUGUGGCUCCACUCUGGGCCUCCAGUACUUUAGUGCUCGACUUAAAUCAAGCACAAAUGCUACUGAUGGUUUUAAGAAGUGGUAAGGCCAAUGCAUGGCCAGAAAUCUCUGCAAGCAGACAAUUCUUAACAUUUUAAGUUCGGGGGAGUAGUAAUAAACGCCGUCGUCAUACAGGCACCGUGCAUCUGCAGCUGUAUGAUCUGGCUUCUGUUGCUACAGAAGGGAACUCUGCACUCUGGCCCUCUCGUCAUCGUUUCUUUGAUAUUUGUAAAAUAUCUCUGAAAUGGUUGCUGCCACUGUAUUGUUCCUGAUUAAAAUGCUACAUUUUGAACUCCCUGAAAAUGUUUUUGUAAGAAAAAAUAUGGGGAUGAUUAAAAUGAUUUUGUUCAUUGCA